AUGGCGUCCCCCAAGUCAAAUGCGAGCUCUUUAGAGCCAGCAAACGACCUCAAGGGAGAGACUGGGCCGGUCACUCUUACCAUCGAGGAUGGCCUUAGUUCCGGUAGCAGCUCGAUUACCGAGGACAAGACCUUCCUUCGCGUCCAAGGCGAAGAGAACUACGUCCCUAUUGACAAGUGGGAAGGUCGCCAUCGAUUCGACCCGUCGUUCCAAUGGGAUCCGGUCGAGGAGAAAAAAAUCGUUCGCAAAAUCGAUCUGAAGAUCUGUUCUUGGGUCUGUCUUGCUUUCUUUGCGUUACAACUUGACAGAGCAAAUAUCGUCCAAGCCUUGACCGACAAUAUGCUCGGUGACCUCCGCUUGACAACCAAUGACUACAACUACGGACAAACUAUUUUCUACUUGUGUUUUUUAUCGGCGGAGCUACCUUCUCAACUCAUAUCUAAGAAGCUCGGCCCAGACCGUUGGAUACCAAUUCAAAUGAUCUGCUGGAGUCUUGUUGCAAGUUUCCAAGCCUUCCUCAGUGGGAGGUCGUCCUUCUAUACUUGUCGAGCGUUACUUGGGCUGAUUGAAGGGGGGAUAAUGCACUUCAUUCCAGAUACCAUUCUUUACUUGUCAUAUUAUUACAAGGGCAGAGAACUUCCUGCACGGCUGGCCUGGUUCUGGACGGCGUAUCAAGCCACAUCGAUUGUUGGUGCCUUUCUGGCCGCUGCCAUCCUCAACAUGCGCGGCAUAAAUGACCUCCCAGGGUGGGCCUGGCUUUUCGCACUUGAGGGAACGCUGACAGGGCUUAUUGGCAUCGCUACGUACUUUUACUUGCCCCCUUCGCCGUAUCAGACGGCGUCGUGGUUUCGGGGAAAGAAGGGCUGGUUCAGUGAGCGAGAAGAAAAGAUUAUUGCUAACCGCAUUCUACGGGACGACCCUAGCAAAGCCGACAUGCACAAUCGACAAGCUGUUACGCCAAAACUACUCUUCUACGCUCUCUGUGACUGGGAGAUGUGGCCAAUCUACGCUAUUGGGCUGUCCUUUUUGAUCCCCAACUACCCUGUCACCCAGUACUUGUCGUUGAUCCUGAAGCAAUCCUUCGGCAGAUUUGAAGUCAAUAUGCUCACCAUCCCCUCAUACGUACUCUUCAUUAUUAACCUCCUCGCUUUUACCUGGUUGUCUGAGAAGACGAACCAAAGAUUCCUGGUUGCACUACUUAGCCAGAUCUGGUGCAUGCCAUUACUUAUCGCGUCGGAGCUCUUGCCUGGGGAGGCGUCCAGAUGGGUCAAAUAUACUUUGGCCACUUUGCUCGUAGGCGCUCCAUAUGUGCAUGCGAUACACGUAGCGAUCACCAGCCGUAACGCUGGUUCAGUUCGAACAAGGACUGUGGCUUCGGCGUUAUACAACAUGUUUGUGCAAGCGAGUAACAUCAUCGGAUCAAAUAUUUUCAGAGCCGACGAUCAGCCUCUAUAUCGACGUGGAUAUAAGGUUCUUAUCGGCAUUAGCGCGUACAAUAUUGUCCUAUUCCUUCUCGCAAAAUGGUUCUAUGUCUGGAGAAAUAAAGUCCGCGACCGUAAAUGGAACUCGAUGACAGAGGACGAGCAACGGCAAUACCUGGCGACAACGACAGAUAAGGGAAACAAGAUGCUCACAUUCAGGUUUGCACAUUAG